AUGAGUGAAUCAGGUUAUUAUUUAGGGUUCGACCUUUCUACGCAACAGUUGAAGUGUCUUGCAAUUGACGACCAGUUAAACAUUGUAACUACUGCAGCUAUAGAGUUUGAUAAAGAUUUUCCACAUUACAAUACCAGAAAGGGUGUUUACAUUAAGGAUGAGGGGGUCAUUGAUGCGCCAGUUGCUAUGUGGCUUGAAGCUAUCGAUCUUUGUUUCGAGAGAUUGGGCAAAUGUAUUGAUUUGAAAAAAGUUAAAUCUAUGUCCGGGUCCUGCCAGCAACACGGCACCGUGUUUUGGAAUUGUGAUCAUUUACCGAAGGAUUUACAACCCAGUUCCAAUUUGGUAAAACAGUUGGCUAGUUGUUUCAGUCGUGAUGUUGCCCCUAAUUGGCAAGACCACAGUACAAGAAAGCAAUGCGAUGAAUUGACAGAUAAAGUUGGAGGACCACAGGAAUUAGCCAGAAUAACUGGAUCCAGCUCUCAUUACAGAUUUUCUGGUUCACAAAUUGCUAAGGUUCAUGAGACGGAGCCGGAAGUGUACGCCAAUACUAAAAAGAUUUCUUUGGUAUCUUCGUUUUUAGCUUCGGUGCUUGUAGGUGACAUCGUCCCACUAGAAGAAGCUGAUGCGUGUGGUAUGAAUUUAUAUGGUAUAGAAAAGCACGAAUUCAACGAGGACUUACUCUCGGUAGUUGAUGAAGACAUCGCCUCAAUCAAAAGGAAAUUGUUCGAUCCACCGACAUCUAGCGACGAACCAAAGAGUUUGGGACCAGUGUCGACUUAUUUCCAGGAGAAAUACGGCGUAAAUCCGGAUUGUCAGAUCUACCCUUUCACUGGUGACAAUUUGGCUACCAUCUGUUCGUUACCACUACAAAAAAACGAUGUAUUAAUAUCGCUGGGUACCUCAACUACGAUCCUCUUGAUAACGGAUCAGUACCAUUCGUCACCAAAUUACCAUUUGUUCAUCCAUCCAACGGUGCCAAAUCAUUACAUGGGUAUGAUCUGUUAUUGUAACGGAUCUCUGGCAAGAGAAAAGAUAAGAGACGAUAUCAAUGGAGAAUCACAAACACAUGAUUGGACUAAAUUUAACGAGGCAUUGCUGGAUAACUCAUUAUCUAACGAUAAUGAAAUUGGAUUAUAUUUCCCAUUAGGCGAAAUUGUUCCAAACAUGGAUGCUGUCACUAAAAGAUGUUAUUUCAAGUACAUAGACAAUAAAGUCGUAUUGACAAAUGUCAAUAUGUUCCCUGAUAAGAGACUUGAUGCAAAGAACAUUGUAGAAUCACAAGCGCUAAGUUGCAGAGUGAGAAUUUCCCCGUUGUUAUCCGAAGAGGCCAAUGCGAUCAACGAAACACAAGUGCUAAAAUCAGAAUUAAAGGUGAAGUUCGACUAUGAUUUCUUCCCCUUAGCGUCUUACGCCAAGAGACCUAAUAGAGCCUUUUUCGUCGGUGGUGCAUCAAAGAACGAAGCCAUCAUCAAAACGAUGGCUAAUGUCAUUGGAGCCAAGAAUGGUAACUACAGACUAGAAACUGCAAAUUCGUGUGCUCUAGGCGGUUGCUACAAGGCGCUAUGGUCCUUGCUCAAGGAGCAAAACCCCGAAACCCCAUCGUUCGACCGAUGGUUGAACGCAUUCUUUAACUGGGAAAGAGAUUGUGAGUUUGUUUGUAACUCGGACGCUGCCAAAUGGGAAAACUACAACAACAAGAUUCGAACUCUAAGUGAGAUUGAAAGAGAAGCGUCAUCACACUAA